AUGGAAUCUUUUUUUCCGCUUUCGAAUAAUGCCCAACCAGACGCUUCAAUUUUGUCAAGUAUUGUUGAGGCAUCUGAACCGUCACCAUUUGAAGCAACCCCAUUAAGUCAAAGUAAACCAAGUUCCGAUACAGAAGUCAGAAAACCUCGAAAACGUGGGCGCAAAUCUACGAAGAAUUUUUCAACGCAGUUGGACUUUACUGGAAAUGAUCCUAUAUCGUUGACAGUAGAAAGCAAUGUGGAAAUAGACGAACAAAUAUGUACUCAUGAUUUAAACAAGCAACUAUUAGACGAUGUUAUAACAACACUUGAUCGAGUUCACGAUUUGUCAGAAAAUCUAAUUAAUAGUGAAGUCUAUCAAAAUGAAGUUUAUCAAAAUGAAGCAAAAGAACGGUUUAGUUUGAUGAGCACUGAACAACUUGUCGAACCGUUAUUAAUGGUUACCAAAAAAAUACAAAAGUUUCGUUAA